UAUCUUUGUCACUAUCAACUCCAUGUUUAACAUAAACUAGACAUCUGAAACUCCUGAGCAGAACCGCAGAACAUAACAUUACUUCUGUUGGGUAUUGUCACCCGCUGUUCGAGGCUACGGCCUUCGAUAAGGCGUUUGAUUACUGAUAUUCAUUAAAAGGAAUAUUUCAAAAUGACGAGGGGAAAUCAGCGUGAAUUGGCAAGAGAAAAGAAUAUGAAAAAACAACAGGAAAUAGCUAAGAAAAAAGGAAAGGGGGGAGAAGGUUUGACUCUAGAACAACGCAAAUAUAGGGAUGCUGAGAAAAUGAGGGAAAAGCAAAAAAUGAAUGAAUUAAAGAAGAAUCAGAAAGCAAAAUAAUAAAUUAUUUUAAUAUAGGUUUAUAGAUUAUCAUAAUUUGUACAAUUUUCUACUUCCGAUUCUCUCCUUUCUAUCUGCACCAGCUAUGACUAAAUGCCUCAUAAUGUUUGUUUACUUCAAUUAAAACUUUUAAUUCCUAUGCAUACUACAGAAAUCCCGACAAGUUUUUACUGAAAAUAUUUUAUGUUGUUGUAAUUUUGUUAGGUUUAAUAUAUUUUGUUUAAAUAAAAUUGUAUAAUCUGAAAUAUAAUUACAGGUAUAGGUACCUCUACUGAUGGAAUGUAUAAAUUGGAAUUUGGUAUUAUUUUAUAGGCAAUAAACCAAUUUAUUUAA